AUGUUCAUCGGGAUGCCCUUCACAAAUGAUGAGGUGAUCCACAAUGGGAUCCGGCUCCAAUCCAAACAAGUGCAUGCUGUUGUGAACCUUUUUGUGGAUCCGCCACGGCCACCAUUUCCCAACUUUGAUACUCCAAUUGUGAAAUGGGGAAAGACAGAGGACACCAACUUCUACAUAAUCCCAUGCAACCGUCUAGUGGCCCCAGCAAUUGUCGUGCCCAAUCUACUAGAACAGCAGCCUCAAGGGAACGUUGCCAAUGCCAAUGCAAGGAGAACCUACAAGAAACGCAGAGCCAAAUUGAUGCAAGAACCUGGAAAUGAACCACUUGGAGAUGGAUAUUUUGUUGUGGACAAUCAAGAACAAAUGGCCCAGAGGAUGGAGGAAUUGAUAGACGACAUAAUGGAAAGGGAUUAG